UAUAAAAAAGAUUUCUUCUUCUUCUUCCACACUGCUUUAAGUUUGAGAUCCAGAGUGAAACUAGACAAGGAAAUUAACUGAGUUAAUAUGGCGGUCCAAGUCCCGAGUCGACGGUUAUUCAUCGAGGCGAGUGGAGAGAGUCCGUUCUCAAGAAGCGAAUCCCAGUCAUCAACCCUUCCGCUGAACAGAUCAUCGGUGAUAUUCCGGCAGCUACAUCUGAAGAUGUGGACCUUGCGGUUGCCAUUGCUCGGAGAGCCCUUUCUGGAAACAAAGGCAAGGACUGGGCUUCAGCUUCUGGCUCUGUUCGUGCCGAGUAUUUACGUGCCAUCGCUGCUUAGGAGAAUGUUGCUGGAUGUUUUGAGCUAUGCAGACCUUGCUGAAGGGUUAGAUGCAAAGCAAAAGGCUCCCGUCUCUCUUCCUAUGGAGAUAUUUAAGAGUUAUGUGCUUAAGGAACCAAUUGGGGUUGUUGGAUUGAUUACUCCAUGGUACUAUCUUCUUAUUUUGUUGUGCUUUUUGUAAUUGAAGUAUAACUAAUUCUGAAUAUUAUCAUACUGCUCUGCUCAGUGACAUCAAUAAAAGUAUAGAUCUAUAGAUCUUAUCAUUCGCCUUUCCCUAUUCUUGUCCAAUAUAUCAAAGCUAUUUUGUGUGCAUUGCACUAUUCUUUUUCUUUGGUGCACUUUACAUAUGCACGAACACUACAUCAAACUAGGCCUCUUUGUUAAUUUUACCUUUUGUGGUAAUUG